GGCGUGGUUAACGGAAUGGAGUAGAAUGUCAUGCAGCUCUAACCGGCAGACAGCUAAAGGAUACUUUGAUACGAAAGUUUGGUCGUCCUGGAAGGACUCUGUCUGUAAAUCAAAGCCAUGGGGAAGGAUUACUAUAAGACCCUUGGCAUAACUUCAGGCUCUAAUGAAGAUGAAAUCAAAAAGGCCUACAGAAGGAUGGCCCUAAAGUUCCAUCCAGACAAAAACAAGGAUCCCAAUGCUGAAGAGAAGUUUAAAGAGAUAGCAGAGGCUUAUGAGGUUCUGAGUGACCCAAAGAAGAGAGUCAUCUAUGACCAAUACGGCGAGGAUGGUAAGUAUGGUUGGGCAUUGUGUGGCUGUACGGUGAACAUUCCCACUAUUGACAACCGAGCGAUCACAUUGCCCUGCAACGAUAUCAUCAAACCAGGCACAAUCAAGAGACUGCGUGGAGAAGGCCUACCUUUCCCAAAAAAUCCGUCUCAACGUGGGGAUUUGAUAGUGGAGUUCCAGGUGCGCUUCCCAGACAGAAUACCACCCCAGUCCAGAGAGAUCAUCAAACAGCACCUACCACAGUCUUAGAGGAAGUUCAGUGCAUUCACUGUAUGGUUACAACACACCGUUUUCCCCAAAAAACAGACGCUGAAUUCGAAGAGGGACAAAUAUGUCGUAAGGACCAGAGGCUCAUUUGAUAUUUUGUUACAGUUUUACCUAAUUUAUUAUCACUUUCUCUGAACAUGUGGAACGCUGAUUUUGGGGGAUUUUUAAGUAGUUUGUGUUUAUGCUGAGGCUCAUGACUUUCAACCAAGAUUUUA